AUGAUUAACCGAUCACAUUCGGAUACAGCUGGCACUACAUCUGGCUUAACUUAUCAACGCAAAUAUGUCAGCCAAAAGAAUGCGAUUCGUACUCCAGCUGUAGCAACACGACAACUAUGUUCUCUAAGGCUGUAUUCAUCAGAAGGAGAUCGUAGUACUGUUGCUAGUAUAAGCAAAGAAACAACUAGUCAACAGAUAUCUGAUAACUAUAAGGUUGAAGCCUUAUACGUUCAAUUAGGGAACUUCCAAAUAAAAUGCUUACCUCCGGAAUCAAGUCCUUUAUUGAUUUUUGUGGAACAUAUCACAGCUAUUGGAUUCACAGACGUUAAUUUGCGAAACUUUGGAGCCGAUAAUGAUCUGCGUAGUGUAAUUGCAUUCUUUCUGGGACGUCCGACCAUCAAUCCAACUAGUUUAAUGAAAUCAGAAAUUUUAUUGGCAGAAUGUUAUGUAAGACGAGGUACAGUUCUUCAUAAGUGGCACAGAUACAAAUGCAUACUGUACAAUGGAACAAUUCGUAUACAGAAAGAUACAGGAGAAGAUGACGUUCUUCAUCUCAAUAGAUUUCGUGUUGAUUUGCAUGAAACACGAAGAGGUCGUUGUCUACGAGUCAGCGAUGCUAAUGGUAACGGCUUCACCCUUUUCUGUUUUGAUGAUCAGGAAACGUUACUAUUGUGGUUGACAAGAAGUCAGCAGAGUGUUCAAUCAAACAGUGUUGAUCUGAGUGAUCAACAAUUAACGAUUCUUCCCGAAAAUCUUUUUUCUUUGGCCAGCGCCAACUUGAAGAAACUGAACUUAAGAAGGAACUCUUUGAGAACAGAGCCUAUUCGUUCAGAAAAGAAGUCGCUACCACAUAUAGGAUUUCUGGAAGAUUUGAACCGUCUUCAGUACCUAACGUUCCUCGAUAUUUCGGCGAAUCGCUUGAAAACAUUUCCAGAUUCCAUCACUAGCCUUCUGAAUCUUGUUCAUUUGAACCUGUCAUCAAACAGAAUAUCAUCUAUGCCAUCCAACAUCAAAGCAUUAGCAAAUCUCUCUCAUAUGGAUGUUUCAAAUAAUGAACUGUCGACCCUGCCAAUAGCAUUGAGUCAGUGUGUCCGGCUGACUCACCUAAACUUAGCUUUCAAUUCAUUUUCUGAGAUUCCAUUAGUCUUGACAAGGAUGAACGCUGUUCGAAAUUGGCUUUUAUCUGGAAAUAGAAUAGAACUAAUCGAUACGUACUAUGAUAUUCUCGACUUGAUAGAAAAGUUGGAUUUAUCAAGAAACAACUUGGAUAGCACAUUCCGUUUACCAACGGGCAAGUAUAGUAACUUGGCCUAUGUGGACAUCCGGGAUAAUUAUCGCGUUUCAGCAAUAUAUUUAACAAAUCUUGCAGCUCUGCAGAACUUUUACUGCUCACGAUUACAACUUACAGCAUUGUAUCUGAAUGGCCAGUCGUUACUAUGCCUUCAAGCUGACCACAACUUAUUGGAUACAAUAGUUGUGAUGCCGAUACCAUCAAUGCUCCAAACUCUAGACAUCAGUUACAAUCAAGUGGAGCAAUUGCCUGAUUGGAUAUGCGAUUUGCAGCACCUCUCCACUCUCAAAGCUCAUAAUAACAAAAUUUCAUUUUUACCGAAGAGAAUAUUUUGUAUGCCAAACCUUCGAGUGUUAGCAAUGCAAAACAAUACGCUGACAAACUUGCCAUCAGAGUUUGAAGAAUGCCCAUUGGACUCACUGUUCCUUCAGCACAACAGACUGCGUGAAUUACCUGCAAUGCUCUUUAAGUUCUUAAAAAGGCUAAGACACUUCAACGUAACAAAUAAUAGUUUAAACAUUCUACCUCCUUCCAGUGCUCAUAUAGAUUCUAACAGAAUUCAAACACUCAGACUAUCCGGUAAUCAGUUUGACGAAACAAUAGUACCCACGGUUGUUUCAAUGAAACGAUUGAAAGUACUAGACUUGAGCAAUAACCGUCUAAGAUAUUUUGAUGAUAGUGCUCUGCCAAGUUUAAGCUUUCUGGAAGAGAUUAAUAUAAGCAGUAACAAGUUGACAACGAUAUCUACCUCAAUCCCGGAGCUGAACGCUUUGACCACACUACGUGCUCACUCUAAUCAGAUCCAAAAAAUGCCUGAUCUUUCAUCUUCAAUGACUCUCCAACUUGUUGACCUAUCGAACAACCAUAUUUCACAAUUUCAUCCGUCUUUUACAACCGCGUUGAACUUACGUUUCCUAGAUGUUACCUGCAACUCCGGUCUACAAGUAGAUGGUGGAACAUUGAGACAUAGGAAGAAGAACGUCUCACUGGUUAACAUUGGAAGUGAAGAUGAACUAAUACAAGUGGGAUUUGCCGAAACUACUGGCUCAAAAAAUAGAUUAUGUAUCAGAAGGAUAAGACAUGGGAACAUCAUAGGGCUCGUAGAUGGAGGAACCAACUAUGAAUUACCGAAAGCCAUAGUUCGAACAAUGUUGGAUUUGAUCGAAACUAACGAGAACUAUAAUCUGGCAAACUUAAUGCUGAAUACUCAUAUAUCAAUCGGAGAACAAGCUGAGAGACUUGGAGCAAGCGCAACAUUAAUACGAAUAGGGCAGACAUAUUUGGAAAUGAGUUCAAGUGGGGGAAUAGGAUUGGCAACAAUCUCAAAUGAUAAUAACAUUCAAAUAUAUAUGAAUAAUGGUUUGGACGAACAAGAGUAUAUGGAAGUUCGUAGACUUGGACAUAUAGUAGAUGAGAAUAAUUUAAUUAACGGCUUAACUCCAUAUGCGCGUCAGUUAGGAUUGUACUAUCUUCAUCCUGCUGUUGUCCCAAACCCUAUCAGCCAAAGAAUCCCUAUAUCUAACAUAGAUUAUGUGAUAAUAGCUAGCCGUGCUCUUUGGGAUCAUUUGACUCUUCCUCUUAUCAUGAGCAAUGUUUGUCGAUCUCUGAAUCCUCAAGUGGCUUCUAAGCGUUUACAGGAUUGUUUGCAAGCCUGCGAUUACAAUGGGAAUUCCAGCAUUAGUGUUAUACGGAUUAAAAAACCUGAGCAAGUAUUUCACAGCCCCCCUUCUUCUGAAGCUCCAUAUAUCCCAAUGAGAAGAGCUGACUAUAUGGAAGUGAAUCAAGUUACGCCUGAUGGGACACAUUUGAAUUUUACAAAGAUGGAUGAAGAGAAAACUGAUAAAGUAUCUCAGCCUUACUUCGCUUUUCCAAAAACAGAAGAAGACGAAGGGUUUGUCUCUGGGCGACAGCUUUACAGGCGAAUACUUGCUGACGAAAUCGGGUAUUCCAAUUUGGAUAGGUCUAUGACUGAAGAAAACAAUAAAAUCAGUACAUCGUCCAUAUCAAGUUUGGAGACGAGUUUAAAAACACUUCCAACUUUCGCUCCACCCCCUCCUCCUCCUCCCCCACCUGAUCCAAAUACUAAUGAUAUGAUGGUUGAGCUGCAAAAAACAAUAAGUGCUAAACGAAUCCAAUUAGAAUCCGAUGAAAAGACAUCUGUGGUUAACGAUUCUAUUGAGCCACGUAGCUCUGAAGGAAAAUAUAAUGUCAUUGAAGAAACAAGACAGUAUUUGGAACAGAAACUAACGGAUAACACGAGAGUUACAUCCAACCGCAGGCUCACCGUCAUUAGUGAAGACAAUGGCGAAGAUCUGGCUUUAGACGAUGCGCUCUCAUUCAGUCAUCACUCUGUUUCCGGAUCUCAAGUUCCCACCAAUUCAGUUCCCGAUUUCAACUCAAUGAACUCAGCUUUAACACCUGUAGAACAGUCUUUCUCUAAUCGUUACCGGUUCGAAUACGCGUCUAAUGUUCCACCUCAAAUGGAAAUAACAAAGGAAAUUAGAAGAUCUGGUUUAUCCUUUGACCUCUAG